AUGCCGGAAAAUAAGGUUUUCCCAUGGGUUGAGAAGUAUGGAGGUACGUCGGAUCCGGUGAAGCCCCUACGAUCGUUCGUAGAUGCUAUGGCAGUCUAUUCAUCCGACGAGCUGGUCUGGUGCAGGGUCUUCUCUUUAUCCUUAAGGGAUGAAGCUUUGGAUUGGUUUCAUUCAUUGCCACCGCGGAGCAUUGAUGGAUUUGUUACUUUGAGGCAGUUGUUUAGCCAGCAGUAUGCUUCAAACCGUUCGCGAGGCUUGACUUAUACAGCCCUUGUCAGGAUGAAGCAAGGGCGUGAAGAGUCAUUGAAAGGGUUCAUGGAACGCUUCAACCGAACCGCUCGGCAAGUGAGGAACGUAGACCAACGACUGAUAGUAAGUGCGCUCACGACAGCGUUGACACCAGGACCCUUUGUGGAUUAUCUGUACGAGGAGGAACCCCAGUCCAUGGGUGAACUGCAGCAUAAGUUGGCUGGGUUUAUACGAAUAGAGGAGGGGAGGUCGUACCGCAGUGACUAG